AUGACAGACCUCAGUGUCUCCAGGGUCCAGUUUCAGAAGAUCCAGCAGCUCCGUCUGUCUCAGUCCCGGGCUCAGUACUAUGGAGGCUCUUUGCCCAACGUCAACCAGAUCAGCAACACCUGCACUGAAUUUCAGGGCGGAUUUUCUUCAGGACUGGACCCUGUCAGAGGGACGCGUCACCACGGGCUUGUGGAGAGGGUCCACAGAGACCGAAACCGCAUCAACUCCCCCCACCGCAGACCCAUCGACAAGCACGGCAGGCAGAUGGAGAGCUCUCCUUAUGGAGCUGUGUACCUGUCUCCUCCUCUGGACAACAGCUGGAGAAGGGAUCAGCAGCCGUGGAUGGAGGACAAACGACCGGGCUUUAGAUUAAUAUCACAACUCAACAGGACAAACUCUGACUCGGCCCUCCAUACGAGUGUUAUGAAUCCGAACCCUCAGGACCCGUUUGGUGUGAACCAGCAGAUGAGUAGAGCUCCUCCCCAACGCAAUGCGAGUGUGAACGAGGCCGAGGUGGACGGUUCUGGAAACAUCUUCUCCUUCCCUCCUCUCUCCAACGAGGAGAGUCUGAUCGGAGUCAGUAAACCACUGCCGAAGCAGCUGUGGGAGGCCAAGAAGGUCCAGUCUCUGGCCUCCAGGCCAAAAUCCUGUGAAGUGCCUGGAAUCAAUAUUUUUCCAUCUCCAGAUCAGCACCCAGGUCUCUCUCACUAUCAGGGUCUGUUAAACUCGGGCGGUUCUCUGCCCGACCUCACAAACCUCCACUUCCCCUCCCCCCUCUCCACGCCACUCGACCCAGACGACCACACCACCUUCCCUAACCUCAGUGGUGGCAGCAGCACUGGAAACCUGCCUGCCGCCAUGAUGCACCUGGGCCUUGGCAACUCACAGGGUCUAUCUUCAUCUCUCAGUAAUCCAUCCAUCCAAGCGUCUCUCAGUACCUGCCAGCUGCAGUCCUCUCUCAGUAACCCAUCCAUUAACUCGUCUCUCCGUCUGUCCAACAACUCCCCUCGGCGGCGUCCAGCUCCCAUCAGCCCCCUCACCCUGUCUCCCGGCAGCGAACAGCGCAGAGGACUAUCAAAGCCGAUGUCCCCUACCAUGUCCCCGUCUCUGUCCCCUAUCACACAGGGUGUCGCUCUGGAUACUUCCAACAUGCCGAGGGAGCCGCCUCCUCCUUACCCGCUCUACCAGCAAUCCCAGCAUGCACUGGACCAGAGCCGCCAACGCCAACAUCAACAACAUCAACACCAACAUCAACACCAACAUCAACAACAACAACAUCAACAUCAACAUCAACAACAACAACAACAGCAGCAACAACAACAACAACAACAACAACAACAACAACAACAACAGCAGCAACAACAACAACAACAACUUCAUCAUCAUCCUGUUUCCCCCCUACAGAGCGUCACACUGGACUUCAACACAGGACAGAACAACAUGUCAACGCUCUUCAAUGAUCCCUUCAUGGACCCACAUUUCUCCAACCGCAGCAAGACCCACCCCUACCUGUUGGACCAGUUCAGUCUGCUGGAAAACUCAAUGAGCUCUACGGUGGGGAGCUCUGGCAUAGACCCUUCCUCCUCCUCAAUGCUCAGUUAUUCCCAGGCCAACCUCUCUGGGCUCGGGGGCGGCCACAGCAGCCUGCAGGACCCCCUAAGCAUGAGGCCCAACAUGCUGUAUUCAAACUGCAGCGGAGGACUGCCAAACAUCAUCCUAACUGAUGAUUCUCACACAACCCUGGCAAAGGACAUCAGCGCCGCCCUCUCUGCUGUUCCUGAAUGCUUUGAUUCUGAAGGAGGUUUCCCAUUGGAGGAAGAGCUACGCAUCGAGCCCCUUAGCCUGGAUGGUCUGAGCAUGCUCAGUGACCCUGACAUGGUGUUACCAGACCCCUCAGUGGAGGAUUCUUUCCGCAGUGACCGACUGUGAACACAAAGUUUCAUAAUGAUGUAAAACUGAACAUCAAGUGAACUGACAGUGAAGGCAUGAAUUCUUAAUUCAAUAUGAACAUGUAAACAUCAUGUGAACAGCAUAAACAUGUUAACAUCAUGUGAACAACAUGAACAUGUAAACAUCAUGUGAACAGCAUAAACAUGUAAACAUCAUGUGAACAACACGAACAUGCAAACAUCAUGUGAACAACACGAACAUGUAAACAUCAUGUGAACAGCAUAAACAUGUAAACAUCAUGUGAACAACACGAACAUGUAAACAUGUGAACAACAUGAACAUGUAAACAUCAUGUGAACAGCAUAAACAUGUAAACAUCAUGUGAACAACACAAACAUGUAAACAUCAUGUGAACAGCAUGAACAUGUAAACAUAAUGUGAACAACAUGAACAUGUAAACAUCAUGUGAACAACAUGAACAUGUAAACAUCAUGUGAACAGCAUAAACAUGUAAACAUCAUGUGGACAACAUUAACAUGUAAACAUCAUGCGGACAACAUUAACAUGUAAACAGGUGAACUACAUGAACAUGCAAACAUCAUGUGAACAACAUGAACAUGUAAACAUCAUGUGAACAACAUGAACAUGUAAACAUCACGUGAGCAGCAUGAACAUGUAAACAUCAGGUGAACUACAUGAACAUGUAAACAUCAUGUGAACAACAUGAACAUGUAAACAUCAUGUGAACAACAUGAACAUGUAAACAUCACGUGAACAACAUGAACAUGUAAACAUCAUGUGAACAACAUGAACAUGUAAACAUCAUGUGAACAACAUGAACAUGUAAACAUCACGUGAACAACAUGAACAUGUAAACAUCAUGUGAACAACAUGAACAUGUAAACAUCAGGUGAACUACAUGAACAUGUAAACAUCAUGUGAACAACAUGAACAUGUAAACAUCAUGUGAACAACAUAAACAUGUAAACAUCAUGUGAACAACAUGAACAUGUAAACAUCACGUGAACAACAUGAACAUGUAAACAUCAUGUGAACAACAUGAACAUGUAAACAUCACGUGAGCAACAUAAACAUGUAAACAUCAGGUGAACUACAUGAACAUGUAAACAUCAGGUGAACUACAUGAACAUGUAAACAUCAUGUGAACAACAUAAACAUGUAAACAUCAUGUGAACUACAUGAACAUGUAAACAUGAGAACAGCAUGAACAUGUAAACAUCACGUGAACAUGUAAACAUCAUGUGAACAACAUGAACAUGUAAACAUCAUGUGAACAACAAAAAACAUUUAAAUAUAACCUGAACAUAAACAUGUUAACAAUGUGUACAGAUGAACACAUUCUCCCACAUACCUGAGUCGCAUCAGUGUGUUUCGAAAACCACGUCUGGGAUCAGGUCUUGCUCAUCUCGUUAGACCAAUAAGGUUGCAGUAACGCACUGAGUGUCCUGUUUCUGUUACCACCCCCUGAAGCCAUGGUAACCUUAUUGCCAUGGUACCAUACUUCAGGUGAAUAGAAGCAGGUGAUCUGUGGAUACUUCAGGCGCUGAAACAAUCAUGGUAAAAAUGAAGACUGAAGGGAUAGAUCUUCAAUGUUAAAUUUGUUUAUAUAGAAGCAGAUUAUUUUGUGAUGUUUAUCACAUAUUUAUAAAUUUAUAAAACACUAUGAGAGUCUAAUUUUAGUUCAAUUUUAGAGUAUUUUUAAACUAGAAACUAAAAGGGCAAUUUGUUUACAAAGAAGAGAUUUUAAUACAUAUUUUGAAAGAGUCAACAGAACUAAAGAUUUUACAAGAUGUUUCUCUCUGAAUGGACUCCCUCUACACAAGUCAUCUGAACUCUGACUUCACAAAAAUCUGUUUUUUAACUUUGAUUUAAAAAGUCUGUAUAGUCAUUGUUUUUAUGUUUUCUACAAACUUUUGAUGGAGCAGUUUCUAUUCUGAAAGUUAGUGUGAAUUUUGCCAUGAACCGUGCUCAUGUGCAUUUAUUUAGUUUUAGAUAAAUACCCCCCAUCAAAGAGAGAGAGAGCAGACUGUGAUCAUGUGGACAUCAGACGUCAUGUCACAUUGCACUUGCCGCAUAUUGCACUAAUUAAUACCCAACGUGUAACAUGGCACUGUUACACUGUCAGAUAUUUUUCCCAAAGAUCAGAAUUAAUCAUUUAUUCCUAAAAUCUAAGCGUAGUGUUUGAAACACUGCACAAAUGCACAUUUAAUGAAACAGGAGAACUGUUAUUUAUUUUUAUGAUAGAAACAGGAAAUGCAUUUGAAUUCAUGUAGAGUUAGUUAUUACUGCAGACCAUGAAUUGUCACUGGUUAUGGGUAUAUCGCGCCCUCUAGUGACUGAUGAAGAAAUGUUGCUUCUGAAAAGAUUUUGAAGAAAAAACAUUUUUUUGCUCCUUUAGCUAUGCAAAUUGUUUUUUUAUUCAUUUAAACCUCUUAAACAUGCAGUAAAGAUUUUCUGUUCUGACCACAAUGAUGGGUCAAUUACCAAAAAAUUACAAUAUUACAGGACUCGUGUCAAAAGUGAAGAAAAAGUUCUGCUACUGCAAAAAUAAAAAAUCACUGAAGAACAAGAA